AAUGCUUGUCUGAAUCCGAUUACCUUGAACGAGCUCUUUCCAAAUUGGAAAGAAUUAGGUGCGCCAUUAAAUACUCCUGUUACGGAGGAUAAAUUUGUAUUUCUCACGGAAGAGAAGAAGAUAUCUAUACCUAUUUUCAAGGGAAUGCCAAUGUCUAACCAUGGAAAUUACAUAGUAACAUUAUGCGACGUAGUGAUGUGGCUUGGCAAGCAAGCAGAAGCCGCUGGUGUCGAGAUAUGUUGUGAUUACUUAGUGGGCCAAGUUUUAUUUCACGAGGAUGGAUCUGUUAAAGGAGUGACCAAUUAUUUUCCUAGAUUUAAAGUUGAUCUCUCCUUAUCCAAAAACAUACCUAGGGAGUUUCAUGCGAGCUGUACUAUAUUUGCGCUAGGAUCUUUUAGCAGCUAUCUGAUGGAAGACUUAUUAAAGAAAUUUAAUCUUUAUAAAGAUUGUAAACCACAGACGUAUUGCCUUGGAUACAAAGAGGUUUGGGAGAUAGAGCCAAGCAAGCAUCGACCUGGAGCAGUGGAACAUACGAUUGGUUGGCCAUUUAAAAAAGGUACAUAUGGUGAAAUGUUUUUUUACCAUUUGAAUGGAGAAACACCUCAAAUAGCAACAGGUUUUUUCAUGGAGUAUGAUUUUUUUGAUUGGGAUGAGUAUAAGAUGAUCAAACAGCAUCAUCCUAGUAUCAGACCAAUAUUUGAAGGAGGAAAAAUUAUUUCAGAUCAUAAUUGUGAAUACUUGGCACAAGGUGGAUUUCAAUCUAUUCCAAAACUUCAAUUCCCUGGUGGUUGUCUUAUUGGAAUGAUGGCAAGUUUUGUAACCGUGCCCCAAUAUAAAGGAACUCACCAUGCCAUGAAAAGUGGCAUGUUGGCUGCAGAAAGCGUUAUUGAGGCGAUUAUAGAUGCAGAAAGUAAUACCUCACCGACCAAAGGCUUAGAGCCGAAAACGUAUACAGAUAAAAUAAAAAAUAGUUGGAUCUAUAAGGAAUUGAAAGCUGUAAGAAAUAUGAAGCCCAGCUUUAAUUCUGUCUUCGGUUUUAACGGUGGUUUAACUUUCUUUGGGAUCUCUAUGCUACUAGACGGAAGGGAGCCGUGGACUUUGUCUCACAGAAGUAACGACGAAGAUUCUGACUUCUAAGUAAGAGGGGAGGAGGAAAAAAACGAGAGCAUAUAUCUGAUACGACUAUAUAUUUUGUUACGUUUUCUUCGUAAAAUAAAACAUGACCAUGAUACGCUGUAUACAUAUAGCGUGUUGUUGGUGAUUCAUUAGAUUUAUUCCA